ACUCAACCUGCAAACCCUACACAAUCGCAAACAGCACUAGCUGUCAACCCUUCCGCUCACCUAGUUUCUUGCCUGCAAUCUUAUUCCCCGAAAAGCCUCUUUUUCCCUUGCUCCGUCUAGCUCAGCCCCGCCAACGCCGCAAUUACCUCCGCCUCCAGCUGCCCCGCCGGAACCUUCGAACCUGAAAACAACAACGCUAUCUGUAUUGCCACGCGGUCUAGGAGUUUUCGUGGCUGAGAGGAUCCCCGGUUAUCAUGUUCGCGUCGAAGCGGUUACAGAAGGAGCUGGCAAAGCUACACGAAAAGCUUCCACCUGGCAUAACCCUCAUCCGCGCCGACGACUUCUCCGAAUGGCUCAUGGAUAUCCGCGUUAUCGACUCGAAUCCGCUAUACCAGGGCGAAGUCUACCGGCUGAAGUUCAACUUUAGCCAGUCAUAUCCUAUCGAGGCCCCUGAAGUCGUCUUCGUUCGAGACGAAUCGCACCCUAUCCCCUGGCAUCCUCACGUCUACUCCAACGGCAUCAUCUGCCUCGACCUGCUCGAUCGUCAGGGCUGGAGCCCCGUCCACAACGUCGAGAGCAUAUGCGUCAGUCUACAGAGUAUGCUCACGAGCAAUACGAAGAAGGAGCGGCCGCCGGGCGAUGAGAACUUUGUGCGGUACAAUACGCAGAGGCCGAGGGAUAUCAACUUUGUGUUUCAUGAUAAAAAUGUGUAAGGGGGUUCCGAGAGGGAGCCGCGGAGUGGAACAGGUUGGGCAGAGAGAGCUGCCCAUGACGCUCGCGAAGCAUGGCAACGCCAACUUCUUUCUUAAACGGAAAGGACAGAACAUGCCGAGGGCUAUAUUGGGAUUGGAUGACCGAUGAUCGUUGCUUUCGUGACUUGCGGCAAUGCAUGGUAAGGCAUAGGCGUUGGACGGGUUGGAUCGAUUGCUAUUGGGAAGACGGUUUUGAAAUGGACGACACGGCCUCGCCUUUUUGUAUUCGUGGAAUAGGAUAAGCACGAGGAUCAGUUAGAGCUUCUUUCCCAAUGAUACCAUUUCUCUAGCACGGAGUCUAUCAAGUGGUUCAUCUUGGUCGUCCCGUCCUAUUUCGUAUUGAAUGAAAU